CGUGCGGCUUGGCAAACGGCCCUCGCUGAACCUCGUCGUCAGUCGUCCUCUCCUCCUCACACACCACACCCAACGACACACCCACCGCAAUACCGUCGCAAUGGCCCGUCGUCCAGCUCGCUGCUACCGCUACUGCAAGAACAAGCCGUACCCAAAGUCGCGCUUCAACCGUGGUGUGCCAGACCCAAAGAUUCGAAUCUUCGACCUUGGCCGCAAGCGUGCAAACGUCGACGAUUUCCCAACCUGCGUCCACCUCGUCUCCAACGAGUAUGAACAGCUGAGCUCCGAGGCUCUCGAAGCCGCCCGUAUUUGCGCCAACAAGUACAUGGUCAAGACCGCCGGAAAGGAAGGUUUCCACCUCCGUGUCCGUGCCCACCCAUACCACGUCGUCCGCAUCAACAAGAUGUUGUCGUGCGCCGGAGCCGAUAGACUCCAAACUGGAAUGCGUGGUGCUUUCGGAAAGCCAAACGGCACCGUCGCCCGUGUCAACAUCGGCCAGAUUCUCCUCUCGAUCCGCACUCGUGACUCUCACCGCCCAACCGCCAUCGAGGCCCUCCGCCGCUCGCAGUACAAGUUCCCAGGUCGCCAAAAGAUCAUCGUCUCCAAGAAGUGGGGUUUCACUCCUCUCGACCGCGCCGAGUACAUCGAGAAGCGCAAGGCUGGUGCCAUCCGUGUCGACGGUGCUUACGUCCAGUUCCUCAGCAACCACGGCCCAAUCGAGUACAACAUGCGCCGAUUCCCAGACGCUUUCCAGCAAGAGGCAUAGAUGGAUGUUUCCUGGAGGGUUUUUGGGCUUGACGUGAGGCAUAGAUGAUGAAAUAGACAUGAUGAAAAGGCCAUCCUACGGGACAGGCCUAAAAGGGCAUCCCGCGGCAGGAGUUUUAGUGCCGGGAAUGGAUGCACUUGGGUUUUUAUGAACAGUCUACAUCAUGCCGAAUGGAAUCGAGUUGUGAAAGAGCAGAUU